UCCUAGGCGGCAGCAGCGGCAGAGAGGCGCCUCCUUCUCCUCCUCGCCUCCCCUGCUCCCAGGGCCAGACAUGGAAGAUGGAUCUAAUUCUGCAAGCUGCUUUAGGAGGUUUACGGACUGUUUCUUGAGCACAAGUUUAACCGAUGAGAAAGUGAAGGCCUAUCUUUCUCUUCACCCCCAGGUACUGGAUGAAUUUGUAUCAGAAAGUGUGAGUGCAGAAACUGUGGAAAAAUGGCUAAAAAGGAAAAACAACAGACAGGAAGAUGAAUCGACUCCUAAAGAAGUCAGCAGGUAUCAGGACACGAAUAUGCAAGGCGUAGUGUAUGAACUGAACAGCUACAUAGAACAGCGCCUGGAUACAGGAGGAGAUAACCAACUACUUUUGUAUGAACUGAGCAGCAUCAUUAAAAUAGCUACAAAAGCUGAUGGAUUUGCACUAUAUUUCCUGGGAGAAUGCAAUAAUAGUCUGUGUGUGUUCACGCCACCAGGAGCUAAAGAAGGACAACCACGGCUCAUUCCUGCAGGGCCCAUUGCACUUGGCACUACAGUAUCUGCUUAUGUAGCCAAAUCCAGAAAAACGUUGUUAGUAGAAGAUAUUCUGGGGGAUGAACGAUUUCCCAAAGGUACUGGACUGGAAUCAGGGACUCGUAUCCAAUCUGUUCUUUGUUUACCAAUUGUCACUGCAAUUGGUGAUCUGAUCGGUAUCUUGGAGCUUUAUCGUCACUGGGGCAAAGAAGCCUUCCAUCUUAGUCACCAAGAGGUUGCAACUGCAAAUCUUGCAUGGGCUUCAGUAGCAAUACAUCAAGUACAAGUGUGCAGAGGCCUUGCCAAGCAGACUGAACUGAAUGACUUCUUGCUUGAUGUAUCGAAAACGUAUUUUGAUAAUAUAGUUGCAAUAGAUUCUCUACUUGAACAUAUAAUGAUAUAUGCAAAAAACCUGGUGAAUGCAGACAGGUGUGCGCUCUUCCAGGUAGACCACAAGAAUAAGGAGCUGUAUUCAGACCUUUUUGAUAUAGGAGAAGAAAAUGAUGGAAAACCUGUCUUCAAGAAGACCAAAGAAAUAAGAUUCUCUAUAGAAAAAGGAAUAGCUGGUCAAGUGGCAAGAACAGGGGAAGUCCUUAACAUCCCUGAUGCCUAUGCAGAUCCACGCUUUAACAGAGAAGUAGACCUCUAUACAGGCUACACAACCAGAAAUAUCCUGUGCAUGCCUAUUGUAAGCCGAGGAAGUGUUAUAGGUGUUGUGCAGAUGGUGAACAAAAUAAGUGGAAGUGCCUUCUCUAAAACCGAUGAGAACAACUUUAAAAUGUUUGCAGUCUUUUGUGCUUUAGCCUUACACUGUGCUAAUAUGUACCACAGAAUUCGCCAUUCAGAGUGUAUUUACCGUGUAACGAUGGAGAAGCUCUCCUAUCACAGUGUUUGUACAGCAGAAGAGUGGCAAAAUCUCAUGCACUGCACACUGCCUCCACAUAUCUGUAAAGAAAUUGAACUAUACCACUUCGACAUCAGUCCCUAUGAGGAUGUCUGGCCUGCCAUUUUUGUCUACAUGGUCCACCAGUCCUGUGGGACAGCCUGGUAUGAA